AUGCACGGCGUCUUGUGUGUGCCGGCGGCUGGGGCCGUCCGGGCGUUUAGGUUCGUGCGCUGGGCUUCCCGAAACCAGCCGCCGCCCGGUGGCCGGGCUCAGGCCCCGCCCGCGGCCGAGGAAGAGGACGACCCUGACCGUCCCAUUUACUUCUCCUCCAGCAGAGCCCACCCGUCCUGCUGGACGGUGCAACAUUCCCUGGGAAAGGAGCAGCAACGGCCCUGGUGGAGGGUGUUGCCCUUCAGCCUCUCCCUCACGGUUCUGAUCAUCUGGUGCUUCUUUAGGCAGGAGACCGGCGCGGACCGGUGGUUGAAACACGUGUUGGGAGAAGAGGAGGCGGAGCCCGGCGAUGGUUCGCAGGAGGCUGGAGCUCCGGCUUCCCACCAGGCGAGAACGUAGCGGGCUGCUCGCGGAGGCUAGCGGCGAGGGGACAGGCAGCCGCCCUGAUGCUUUUGCCAUCGCGUUUGGCCGUUUCUGCCGUGG